CCGGACGCCUGGCGAUGCGUGAGGCGAGCGGUGGCUGCGGCGUACGCGGAGACAGGGCCCGGGCGUCUGUAAUCAGAGGAAAUAGCUAAAAUGAAAAGUAGAAGACCGGAGAAGUCUGUGGGCUCGGUUCAUGUGGGGUUAGUUAAAACGCUGAAAGGAGUUCAGAGCAAAGUUUUGCCACCCCUGAAUCCAAAGGUGGUUACAGAAGAAGAAGUAAACCGAAUGCUAACACCCUCGGAGUUCCUGAAGGAAAUGUCCCUCACCACAGAGCAGAGACUGGCGAAUACACGAUUCAUGUGCCGGCCACGGAUCAUCGAACUUUUAGAUAUGGGGGAAACCACGCACCAAAAGUUUUCAAGCAUUGACCUGGAUCAGACAUUAUUCCAGCCAUUUCCAUCAGAAAUUGUAUUUCAGAACUACACUCCCUGUGAAGUCUAUGAAGUUCCACUGGUUUUAAGGAACAAUGACACAAUUCCAAGGAUGGUGAAAGUAGUUGAGGAAAGCUCACCUUAUUUUAAAGUUAUCAGCCCCAAAGAUGCUGGGCACAAAGUAGCUCCAGGAGUGCCAUCCACAUUUCGGAUUCUCUUCACUCCAGAGGAGAAUAAGGAUUAUGCCCAUGUGCUGACCUGUGUUACUGAAAGAGAGAAGUUUCUUGUACCCAUCAAAGCCAGAGGUGCACGAGCCAUACUAGAUUUUCCUGACACACUUAAUUUUUCUACUUGCCCUGUCAAAUACAACACUCAGAAGACUGUGCUAGUACGAAACAUUGGCAACAAAGAGGCUGUGUUUCACAUAAAAACUCAUAGGCCUUUCUCCAUAGAGCCAUCUUCUGGAACUCUUAAUGUGGGUGAGUCCAUGCAGCUGGAGGUACAAUUUGAGCCACAGACUGUGGGAAAUCACAGCAAAAGACUCAUCUUGCAUUAUGACACAGGUGAAAAUGUGCUCGUAUCUCUGUAUGGAGCUGCUAUAGAUGUGAAUAUAAGGCUGGACAAGAACUCUUUGACCAUUGAGAAAACCUAUAUAUCUUUGGCUAGUCAGCGAUCUCUAACUAUUCACAACCGCAGCAACAUCAUUGCCCAUUUCCAAUGGAAAAUUUUUGCUACACAGGAAGAUGAAGACAGAGAAAAGCACAGGGUCUGUGAUGAUCUGCUCAAAGAGGAGAAGUAUGAGACUGAUGAAUUUCUUGAAGAGUGCAUUACUGAUCCUGCACUCCGACAACAUCUUUCCAUUCUCUCCCGUACCUUUGAGAAUCGGAGAAGGCUGGUUCAGGGAGACAGCAUGCUCUUCUUGAACAGUGUUUUCACUAUCGAACCCCUGGAGGGUGAUGUCUGGCCCAACUCUUCAGCUAACAUCACUGUGUAUUUUAACCCCCUGGAAGCCAGACUUUACCAACAGACUGUUUAUUGUGAUAUCUCAGGCCGAGAGUCCCGUCUACCCCUCCGAAUCAAAGGAGAAGGAAUGGGACCAAAGAUUCAGUUCAAUUUUGAAUUGCUGGAUAUUGGGAAAGUUUUUAUUGGUUCUUUCCACUGUUAUGAGGUAAGAAUUCUGGAAAGAGGCUGUGUCAUUGGCCCUACCUUCCAUUUCAAUGUUCCUGCUCUGCACUUUGGUAAUGUUUCCUUCGGGUUUCCCCAUACCUUGAUAUGCUCUCUCAAUAAUACCUCCUUGGUCCCCAUGACUUUUAAACUUCGAGUCCCCGGGGAUGGUGAGGGCAGUAAAAGCCUUUCAUGUUGUGACACGUGUUCAGACAGAAGAAGGUUCUCUUGGAAUAAGGAUGAAAUACCUGCAAUGAAACCUAAAGAAUUCACCAUCACCCCCAAUUGUGGCACCAUUCGCCCCCAGGGAUUUGCUGCCAUCAGGGUGACCUUAUGCUCCAACACUGUGCAGAAAUAUGAGCUGGCUCUAGUGGUGGACGUGGAGGGUGUCGGAGAGGAAGUAUUGGCACUGCUAAUUACAGCAAGGUGUGUUGUGCCAGUCCUCCAUAUGGUUAAUACAGAGGUAGACUUUGGGCACUGCUUCCUGAAAUACUCAUAUGAGAAAACUAUUCAGAUUGUCAAUCACAGUGGCCUCCCAGGAUUCUAUGAGCUCCUGCCACAGGUGUUUGAAGACAUCCCUCCUGUGCUACUCUCCAGCCAUAUCCCUUGUGCAGUCCUCCCUCCCCAAAGCACUACCCACAUCCCUCUGACUCUGGAGACCCAGGUCACUGGGGAACACAGGUCCACAGUUUGCAUCUCAAUCUUUGGGAGCCAAGACCCCCCUAUGGUAUGUCACAUAAAGAGCAUUGGAGAAGGCCCAGUCGUCUAUGCCUACCCUACAGAAUUUGACUUCGGUAAGAUCUACGUCCUAAGGGACUCCUCCAAGGUUCUCAACCUCUCUAACCAGUCCUUCAUCCCUGCACCAUUUCAGGCACACAUGGCAAACAAAAAUUCCCUUUGGACGAUUGAACCCAAUGAAGGCAUCGUUCCCCCGGAAACCAAUAUUCAGCUGACACUGACCGCCAACCUGAAUGACAUAGUGACAUUCAAAGACACAGUCAUUUUGAAGUUUGAAAAUAGCAACACUUACCAGAUUCCUGUCCAGGCUUCCGGACAUGGUUCUACCAUUGUUUCCGAUAAGCCCUUUGCUCCUGAACUCAAUUUGGGAGCACAUUUUAGCCUGGACACCUAUUGUUACCACUUCAAAUUGACCAACAAAGGACGCCGAACCCAACAGUUAUUCUGGAUGAAUGAAGAGUUCCAACCCCAGAAGAAGAAGAACCAAGCUAAGAAAGGACAUAAGAGUUGGGCCCAUACCCAGAGCUCCCAGGUGUCUGUGGAUUCCCAGCACCCUGUGUUUCAGCUCCACCCAGUGAGGAUGGAGCUGUCCCCAGGACAGACAAUCAAUGUGAUACUUGAAGGCUAUUCUGCUACUCCCAGGCUUGUCAGAGAAAAGCUGGUGUGCCACGCCAUGGUUGGCUCUCAGAUACAGAAGACCUUGCUUAUGACUGUGAUGGUCACCUGUGAGUUUAUUGCACCACUUAUCCAACUUUCCACCAAGCAGCUUAUCUACAAACUGGAGAAGAAACCUAACACUAUCCUGGAACCUGAUUACCAGCCCUUGGUAAUAAAGAACAUUUCCACCCUACCAGUGAACAUAAUGCUUUCAACAAAUGGCCCCUUCUUUGUCUGUGAGACUGAUAGAUCUCCACUGCACUUAACUCCAGAGCCUAUAAAACUGGAGGUUGAUGGAGAAAAAAGCCUGCUGGUCAAGUUUGACCCUACCUACAGAAACGACUUGAACAACUGGGUGGCAGAAGAGGUUCUAUCCAUCACAUAUCUGGAGCAUCCUCAGGUAGACAGCCUGUGCCUAUGUGGAGAAGUGCGUUACCCCAAUCUCAGCUUUGAGACCAUGGAGGUAGAUUUUGGCUGUAUUCUGAAUGAUACAGAAGUGAUCCACUACAUGAUGAUCACCAACUGCAGCCCCCUGGUUGUGAAGUUUCGAUGGUAUUACCUGGUGGAUGAUGAUGACAAUCAGAUAAGGUUUGUGCCAUGGCGGGGAAGGCCCUACAAUGCUGCCUUGACCCAGAUGGAGUCCAACCUGGUAGCCACAAAAGUCAGCGUACCAACCAUCAUAGGAAUUGAGUCCCCUGAUACUGAUAUAAUCAGUUAUGUCAAGAUUAUCCAUUUGGAUGAAGAAAUUAUGUCUGAAGACAAAGAAUUCAAGAAAGGACAAGCAUCCAUGGGAUUAAAAGUGAGCUCUGCUGAAACAGUAAAAGUAGACACAACCCAGAGCCAAGUGGAGUUUCAGGAAACCCUAGAGAUCUUCAAACAAGAAGACAUCUUUUCCAUUGGGAUCGAGGAAGUGUUUGAUAUUUUACCCCUCUAUGGAGUGCUCGGACCACACAGUAGACAGCAGAUUUCUUUCACCUUCUAUGGACACCGUGACAUCAUUGCUCAGGCUAAAGCCCUAUGUGAAGUAGAAGGAGGGCCCACCUAUGAGAUCAAACUAAAGGGACAGGCAUCUCUGGUCAGCUAUUCUUUUGACACCAAGGAUAUUAAAUAUGGAUUACAGCUGUUUGAUCAUAUCACGGAAAAUGAAAUCACACUGAAGAACACUGGAAAAGUUGGCUUUGAUUUCAAGGUUCUGACUGGCCACCAGUUUUCACCAGACUGUCUUGUGCCUGGAGUGCCACUCAUCCUGCCUGUUUCAGGUUUUAUCAGUUCAAAAAAAGAGCAGGUGUUGAAAGUUUCCUACUUGCCUGGAGUACCUGAAGUCUUCCAGAGAAGCUUCCAGAUACAGAUUGCCCACCUAGACCCAGAAAACAUCACUCUGAGUGGAGAAGGAAUCUUUCCUCGAAUCUGUCUUGAUCUUCCCAGGAACCUCAAAGGAAAUGAAAAGUAUGAAACCUUUUUGAAUCAGGCUAAAAAAAACCUAGAUAAAGAGUACAGCAAAUAUGAAAUGUCUGAUCAGCUUGAGAUAGCUGAGGAAACACCUGAGGAUGAAUCUUCUGAGUUAAGUGCACAGCUCCAGAUGGAAGUAGAGCGACUUAUAGUUCAAAGCUAUGCUAUAGAGCAUCAAAAAUCCCUUGCCCCUGAUAGUGCAGAGGACUUCAGCAGUCGGAGCCGCCGCAAGCUAGCCAAAGUUCAGCUGCCAGAGUACAUCCUGGACUUUGGCUACAUCAUCCUGGGGGACGUCCGAACUCACAUCAUCAAAAUCACCAACACCACUCGCUUUCCAGUGUCCUUCCAUGCAGAGAAGCGCAUCCUUCAUGACACUGGUUUCAGUACUGAGCUAGAUCGUGUAAAGAAUCUGCCUUACUGUGAAACAGAAACAUUUGAAGUGAGAUUUGACCCACAAGGGGCCAAUAUUUCUGUCGGAAGCAAAGAAGUCAUUCUGCCAAUCAAGGUGGUUGGAGGACCAACAGUUCACAUCUGUCUCCAAGCCAAGGUUACCAUUCCCACUAUGAUGCUGUCCUGUGGGAAGGUGGAGUUUGCCACAAUUCAGUGUGGACAGUGCCUUGUGGAAACUAUUCAGCUUUCUAAUCAAGCCCAAGUCCCCUGUGAAUGGUUUGUCCACAUUCAUAAGCCUGUUAACAAGCUGGAGAAGCAUAUGCCAAAGUACUUAAGAAGGAAACUACAGGCUGAAUUAAAGCCAAAGACAAGGAUCUUUGAGGUCCAGCCCACAACUGGGGUCUUAGAUCCGGGUGAGAAGGCCAAUGUUCAAGUGAAAUUCAUGCCCAAAGAAGAGAAAUUCUACAGUCAGGCCUUAAUAUUCCAGAUAUCACAAAGUACUCAGAAGCUUACACUAUUGGCACAGGGGAAUGGUUUAGAACCACGCUUGGAAUUUAGCCCUUCAAUUCUGGAGCUGGGGCCACUGCUGCCUUAUGGCCCUGGAGAUGAGGCUGAAGUGGUGGUAAAGAAUCCCUGCAACUUUCCCAUUGAGUUUUAUUCCUUGGAAUUUGAUCAGCAAUAUCUCAUAGAAGAGAAGAUUCUUCGAACACUCAAAGGCUAUGAUUCCUACAAUACCCUACUGCUGCCUCCUCGCCUGCCAGGGGAGAAGCUGCCCCAUGAGGUGUAUGAAUACUUCAAAGAGAUAAGGCGGUUGAAAGAGGAACAGAUGAAGGUGAAAUAUUUGGAAAAUCUGUCACAGGAGAAUGAAGAUGAAGACAUACCCUUGUCAGAGCAGGGAACCUCAGUCAGCACAAAGAGGACCUCCCUUAGCCAAGGCAUCUCUGUUACAUCCAACCUGGAAGAGCGUCACAUCCCUUUGGUCGAGUCUAAAAUCUACCCAGAGGAAGAGGAGGAUGAGGACAGCCUGGAAAAGAUAAUGUUUCAAACUGACAAGCUACAGAGCAUUGACAGCCAUUCCACGGUGGAAGUUGGAGAGGUUGAUAACAACCCUGUGAGCAAGGCGGUCGCCCGCCACCUGGGCAUUGACAUUUCUGCAGAAGGCCGAAUGGCCAAGAACCGGAAAGGCAUCACCAUUAUCAUCCAUGGUACACCCUUAUCAGGAAAGUCAUCCACUGCAGUCAACAUUGCCAAAUACUACAGUGCAGCCUGCUUGAAUAUUGACACCAUCAUGCUGGAAGCCAUCUGUGACAGCAACAGCUUUCCGGGGAUCCGGGCCCGUGAGCUCUGCAUUCGGGCUGCCAUUGAGCAGUCCAUGAAGGAAGGAGAAGAGUCUACCCAGGAGGGUGCUUCAGGACAAACCCGGCUGAGCAGUGAGACUCUGGGCAAGCUAACAUCAGAGACCAACCUGACAGUCGAAAUGAAACCUACAAAGCCUGUGCGUGGGAGCUUGAUGCUUCCCAAAGGCAAAGCAGAGAGCCAUGGCUCUGGGUCUCAGAAACAGCACCACCAGCACUUGCUCGACACCCCACAGCAAAUCUCCUCGAGCCCUCUCCCACCAGGACCCUCCCAGCGUCGGCUCAGUGUCAGUGCCAGUAUCGGAGGUGAGACUGGGCUCAUGAGCUGUGUGCUCCCUGAAGAAAUUUUCACUCAGAUCCUGAUAGAUCGAAUACAGCUGAGUGAUUGCUACCGAGGAGUGGUGUUUGAUGGCCUGGAAACGCUCUUUGCUCGGAACAUGAUGAGCACCCUCCUCUGCCUGCUAAAGGCCAUCGGCAACCGGGAGCACAUCUACUUUCUCAACAUGGCCCAGGACUAUGUGGUCAUGAAGGCCCAGGAGAAAGCCAAGAAGGAGCAAGAAGAACUUCAGCGCAGGGAAGCUCUUCAGAAAGAAAAAGAACGUCUCCAAAAUAUGGAUGAGGAAGAAUAUGAUGCCUUGACAGAAGAGGAGAAAAUCAUGUUUGAUCGGGAGAUUCAACAGGCACUCCGGGAGAGAAAAAAGAGGGAGCUAGAGAGACUGGCUAAGGAGAUGCAUGAAAAGAAGCUACAGCAGGAACUUGAGCGGCAAAAGGAAGAAGAUGAACUAAAACGGAAGUACAAAAAGCCAAAGCAAGCACCAUUAAAAGAUGAAAUGCCCCUGAAGAAAUCUCAAACCCCAAGUCGUCAGAUUCUUACUUUUAACAAGGUAGACACAAAGAGUGAUGCAAUAGAAAGGAAAGUGUCUGUUAAGGAGCAAGGAGUGGCUGAGAAGGAUGAGCUGAACAAAAAAAGAAAGAACAUACUGGCAGACAUCAACAUACUUGGGUUACCUCUUGCCCAGGAACUGGAGGACAGUGAAGGGGAUGUGUCCAAGGACACUGAUAAGCGCAUGGCCCAGAAGUUUAAGACCUAUGACUUGACCCUGAAGGAUAUCCAGACCAUUCUCAUGUACUGGGACCGAAAGCAAGGGAUCCAGCUGCCUCAUGCAGGGCCAGAAGAUGUGACCCAUGAGCCUGAUGACCAGCGCCAGGUGCCCUCCGGUGGGCGAAGAGGCCGAAAGGACCGGGAGAGGGAGCGGGCGGAGAAGGAGCGGGCAGAGAAGGAGCGCUUGGAGCGGGAGAAGGCAGAGAGGGAGCGCCUAGAAAAGCUGCGACAGUUGGAGGAGCGGAGCGACACAGGAGAGGGGGAAGCAGAGGAGGAGCAUGAAGGAAAGAAGGAUAUGGGGGUGCCCUUCAUUAACAUUCAGACGCCUGACUUAGAAGGCUUGAGCUGGAAACAAUCCCUGGAGAAUGAGAGGCUGCCCAGAGUGGAUCAGAUCCUGGAGAUCCUUGGUCUGGGUUUCACUGGGCCACCCAUUCCACCUCCAACCCUAUUUUCAGUCAUCUCUUACCCUGUGAAGCGGCUUCCUUUGCCAAUGACAGAUGUCCUAAAGCAUUUUGUGUUUGUAAUUCCACCAUCUGAUGAGCUCUCUCUGAUAGAAGAAAAACGGGAUAUAGAUGCAGACACGGAGUUUUCAACCCCCAUGAACUUUGGGAAGGCUCAGGAGGAGCAGGGUUCCUCAUCUAAAGUAAGCAAACAGAAACUGAAAGAAAGAAUGGAGCUGACCAAAGAUACCCAGAAGGACAAACGUCGCAUACCUGUCAUCAGAAAGGGAGCUUCUGGGGCACCUUCUGGAACCAUCACACCCCUGUCAGACCUAGAUCAGAACAACUUCUCUGGGCAGCAAUCCCAGGAGAAGUUCAUCAGGCUGAAUCACUUUCGGUGGAUAGUGCCAGCCAAUGGGGAGGUGACUCUGCGAAUACACUUCUCUUCUGGUGAUCUUGGGAAUUUUGACCAAACAUUUAACUUUGAGAUCCUUGGAACUCGCCGUCAGUACCAGCUUUAUUGCCGAGGUGUCUGCAGUUACCCUUAUAUCUGCCAAGAUCCAAAAGUGGUAUUCCCUCAGCGGAAGUUGGACAUAAAGGCAGAUGAGGUCAUCUUUAAGAAGUAUAUUGUGAAAAUGGAGAAGUUUUACUUUGGGCCACUGCUUUGUGGAAAAUCAAGAGAUAAAUAUAAAACAUCUUUGUAUCCAGGCAAUAUGGAAACACUGACAAUCCUGAACAGUUCUCCCAUGCCUGUGGAAGUAUACUUCUGUUUUCAGAAUGACAUCAAAGCAAACACUUACUUCCUAGAACCUCUCAACAUGACUCUGAAACCCCAUGAGAAACAGUUUCUGACUGUAUGGGCCUACCCUACUGCAGUGGGGCUCUUUGAAGACAGCAUUGUCUGCUGCAUCAAGGAGAACCCAGAGCCAGCCAUCUUCAAAUUGUGCUGUCAGGGAAUCCGCCCAGAACUAGAACUGGAACCCCGGCAAUUGCAUUUUGACCGGCUCUUGCUACACAGAAAAGAAUACAAGGUGGUCCUUCUCCGCAAUAUCACACCUCUACCUGUAGCCUGGCGGAUCACCAGCCUGGAACACCUGGGUGAUGACUUCACCAUGCCCCUGAUGCAAGGAAUCAUCCCCCCCAGGGCUGAGUAUAGCCUGCAAGUGCAGUUCCAGCCCUCCAAACCCAUCAACAUCAAGAAGGCAAUUCGGUUGGAGGUUUUGGAUGCAGACAAUAUUAUUGGUGUUGUGCAGAUUGAAAACAUCCUGUUAUUUGCAGAGGCUUAUGACAUUGCCCUGGACAUCAUCUUUCCCAAAGGAGCCGAAGGUGGCCUUGAUUUUGGGGUCGUCAAGGUUAUGGAGGAGGUGAAACAAUCUUUGCAACUGAAGAACCGUGGGAAAUAUGAGAUCAUGUUCAGCUUUUCUGUGGACUCCGUAGGGAUGUCAACAGCCAAUAUAAAUUCUAUGAUCUCAGUCCAACCCAAAAGAGGUAAUCUGACUGUAAUGGAAAAACCCUCAGCGGUUCAAGUAUUCUUUCGUGCAAAAAAGGAAGUGAAGAUUGAGAACCAGUCAAUUCUGCGCUGUCACAUUAUUGAGUCCAAUGCGGUGGAAGGAAGUGAAAUCAUCGCCAGCAUCCCCAUUAAGUUUUCUGUGAAUGCUGUGUACUCCAAAUACAGUAUCACCCCCUCUUCCAUCAUUAAUUUUGGGGCUUUGAUCUGUGGCACUCGUAAAAGUAGCACUUUCUCCAUAGAAAAUCAAGGUGUUACUGACUUCAAGUUUUCCCUUUAUAGACUGACAGGAGAGAUUCCCAUGCAUCAAAAAACAAAAGGCAGCCAUACUAGACAUGCAAGAUCACGGGAGAGUGAGAGCUUCAACAAGCAUAUCCUUUCUAAAGCAGCCAAGUUCUCUGAAAUACUUCAGAAAGAAUUACCACUCUCAAACCAGGCUCGCAUCGCCCAUGGCAUGUUCACCGUGUACCCUGGGUUUGGCUCUGUUCCUCCUGGAGGAGUGCAGGUCAUCACCGUGGACUGUGUGGCUGAUCCUGUGGGAAGGUGUGAGGAAUACAUAGCUAUUGAUAUCUCUGAUCGAGACCCAAAAGACCAGCCUGGUGGCAUUCCUUACAUGCUGUUGGCUGAAUCCUGUCUACCAGCCUUCGUUACUGACAACAACACCCUGAUAUUUGAAGAGCACCAGAUCUCUAGCAGCCCCAAUGUGGCCAAUAUCCUGCAGACUAUCGAAAGUGGAGGGCUAUAUGUAGAAGAUGAAAAUAAGUUUAUCUUCUGCAAUGUCCUGGUGGGCCAUCAGGCCAAGGCUCGGUUCAAGAUCAGCAAUGUGGGAAAGAUUGCCUGUGAUGUGAACAUUGUGGUUAAGCCCAUCUCCAACAAAAUCUAUGCCCGCAUCACAGACAUCUUUGACGUGGAGCCCAACAAGAUGUGUAUAGCCAGCCGCUCUCAUGCCUUUGCCACCGUCUCCUUCACCCCACAGACCAUGCAGACCUACCAAUGCAUCUUCGAGGCUACCUUGGAUGGCCUGCCCAGCAACCUGACCAGGAACCGAAACCUCACAUUUGAUAUCAUUGGAGAGGGGAACCUCCCUCGAGUGACCAUUAUACGGCCAAUUCUCCAUAACCAAUCAGGAAACCCUUUGCUCCUCUUUAAGAGGCUUCUGCUGGGACAGUCUGAGAAACUUCCCCUCUUGCUCAAGAACAGCGGUACCAUCCCUGCCCAGCUGCAUGUAGACCUGCAGGACCAAGUAGGAGUCUUCUCCUUGAAAGGGAGGCCUGACACCUCCUACAUCUACAUCGUUGAGGAAAACAAACCAAAUGCAAAAGCACAGAAAGCUCACACUGCCUCCCUGGUUGUUCCUCCUGGAGAAACAGCUGGCUUUGAUGUCCUUUUCCACUCCCAGCAGAUUGGGAGAAUAACAGGCACCAUCCACUUGUCAGUGAUCAACAACCAGUAUGAGGAGUCAUUCAUCCACCUGGUUGGAGAGGGAUAUGAGGAUGACAUCACUUUGGACAAUAUUCAUGGGUUGGUGACUUCCUACAACCAGUUUCUCUGGGAGAGUCACAACAUCGUAGAGGAAAACAUUACAGAAGACUUGGUGGCAGCUACCAUAGUGGACCAUAUCCAGUUUGGGGACUGUCACAUUGGAAACAGCUAUAGUGUGAGCUUUACAGUCACCAACCACAGCCAAGCAAAUGUGAUACGGUUUGAAUGGCCACUUUUAACUUCAAUUUCUUUCUCCCCACAAAUUGGCCACCUCCACCCUGGGUGUGCCAAGGACAUAGUGGUAACCUUAAAGUCAGACUCACCCAUCAACCUGAAGAAGAUGGGAGUCAAGUGCAAUCUCUCCAAGAUCAUGUUUCAGCUCCCUGCAGACCAGAUCCAAGACUGGGAUGACCGAAUGCGCACAGUCAAGUGGGUAGACAUGGUCAAGAACAUGCCUGGGACCUUCACCACGAAACGAAAAGUGGUGGAGACAGAUCCUGAGCCCAUUCACUCAGUGGUGGAAGAAAACUACCGUGACCUGCAGCUGCAGAUCAGCGCCAACGUGAACUUCGCCUCCUAUCAGUGCCAAACAAAUGAAGUGCACUUUAGGGACACGCUGGUUUACCAGACCCGAGCAUUUGAGUUUGAACUGGUGAACACGGGAAGUGUGCAACUGGAAUUCUCUUGGAUCUCUGAUGAGAGUGGAAAAGCAGUCAGCUUUGCAAUGCCUGUUGCCCUCGGAGCUCAAAAGAAUCAGCUUAGCCAAGCUACUCUGCACACAGGCAGCUCUCUGGAAAGCGCUACAGACCAUUGGAAUGAAAAUCUCCCACUGCCUUUCUCUGUGGAGCCCUCCUCAGGCAUCGUGCUUGUAGGCAAGAGUCAGAAGCUCAAAGUGAAAUUCUCCCCAUUGGAAGUUGGAGAGUUUGUGAACAAUCUUUUCUGCCAGAUUCCCAACCUGCCACCCGGAGUGCAAGGCCCAGUCCUGGUGGCCAAAGGGCAGAGUCUCUUGCCCUACUGUCAUUUUGACCUGAAAGACUCAGACUACAUCAGUGGUCACCGACGUAACCCAGAACUCCGAGGACCUAGUGGUGGGUCUCUAGAUCCAAAUACCCGUGUGAUUGAAUUUACCAGUGUAGGCAUCGGCGGGAAGAAUCUCCGGACUUUCACGAUCCUAAAUCCAACUAGUAGCACCUACUCCUUCUGUUGGAUCUCUGAAGAAGCUGAGAGUCUCCAGAACCCUCCAGCCUUCACAUGCCUCACAGAGAAGGGUUCCAUCCUCCCUGAAAAGAAGGCCGAGAUUAUCUUCCAAUUCACCCCUUCCCACCUGGACAUCACAGAAGCAUUCUGGACUUUCUCAAUCCCUGAACACGACAUCAAGGUUCCUUUCCUGCUGGUAGGCAAAGCCACUGACCCACUCAUCAGUCUGGACAAGUCACACCUCAACUUCAGUUGUCUCCUCAUUGGCAGAGAAGCCAGGGAGACCGUGCAGAUGAUUAACAAGGAGGAACAGGGCUUCAGUUUUGCCUUCCAGGACAACUCCCGGUAUUCUGAGGGUUUCAGCAAUAACUUGGUUGUCAAUCCUAUGGAAGGCUGGAUCCCACCACUGUCCAGGCUCCCAGUUGAUAUUUUCUUCACACCAAAGCAGGAAGGGGAUGUGAACUUUAAUUUGAUCUGCAAUGUCAAAAAGAAAGCUAACCCUCUGACCUUAAAUGUUAAGGCAGAGGGCUACACGAUGAAUGUAGAGAUCAAAUGCAAGGACAGAACUGGCUCAGUCACUGUUUUGACUUCCAACCAGACAAACAUUAUCAACUUCUAUGAGGUGGAGUUGAAUGAAUGUGUACAGUGCGAAUUCAGUUUUAUCAACACUGGAAAGUUCAACUUCAGCUUCCAGGCAGAGCUUAGUGGCCCCAAAGCUCUACUGCAGUACUUGGAAUUUUCACCCAUUGAUGGAAGUGUAGAUGUGGGACAGAGUUCACAUGCUUCCCUGUCUUUCCAGCCAUUUAAAAAGUGUGUUUUAAAAGGUCUGGAACUCAGAAUUAAGAUCAGCCAUGGCCCAACCUUCAUGUGUAGCAUCGUAGGCUGUGCCGUGAGUCCAGCCAUCCAUUUCUCCUUCACCAGCUACAACUUUGGGAACUGCUUCAUCUACCAAGCUGGGAUGCCUCCAUACAUACAAACCCUGAUUAUCACCAACAAGGAAGAAACAUCUAUGAGCAUCGAUUGUUUGUACACCAAUACCCCCCACCUCGAAGUGAACUUCCAUGUUGAUGUGCUCAAGCCUGGAAAGACCUUGGAGAUUCCAAUCAUCUUCUAUCCUCGAGAAAGCAUCAGUUAUCGAGAACUCAUCCCCUUUGAGAUCAAUGGGCUUUCACAACAAAUAGUUGAAAUCAAAGGAAGUGGCACAGAAAUGAAGAUUUUAGUCACAGAUCCAGUCAAUAGGAUUGUGAAGUUAGGAGCUAUUCACCCAGGACAAGUUGUAAAAAAAACAGUUUCUAUCAUGAACAACAGCCAGGCUCAGCUCACGUUUAACCAGUCAGUCUUGUUCUCAAUUCCAGAACUCCUGGAACCCAAGGAGUGCCACAACCCAUCUGGGCAUCACAGGACACAGAAAGACUUUCUGUUUAACUGGGAUGUCAAAAAAUUUGAGCCUCAUUUCUCCAUCAGCCCAGAAGAAGGCUACAUCACCUCAGGCAUGGAAGUUUCUUUUGAAGUGACCUUCCGUCCCACUGAAGUAGGCAAAGAGAGUCUCUAUAAAAACCUGCUCUGCUUCAUCCAGGGAAGCACUCCUCUAAGCCUUACACUGUCUGGAGUCUGUGUGGGACCACCUACAGUGAAAGAGGUGGUAAAUUUCAACUGCCAGGUGCGCUCCAAGCACACACAGACCAUCCUGCUUUCAAACCGGACCAACCAAACCUGGAACCUACAUCCCAUCUUUGAGGGCGAGCACUGGGAGGGACCUGAAUUCAUUACCCUGGAGCCCCAUCAGCAGAACAAGCCCUAUGAGAUUACCUACAAGCCUCGAACCAUGAACUUAGAGAACCGCAAACAUCAGGGCACCCUCUUCUUCCCUUUGCCAGAUGGGACUGGCUGGUUGUAUAUGCUACAUGGGACUUCUGAGCUCCCCAAAGCUGUAGCCAACAUCUACCGUGAAGUGCCAUGUAAAACACCCUACACUGAGUUCCUGCCAAUCAGCAAUUGGCUCAACAAGCCCCAGAGAUUUCGAGUCAUUGUGGAAAUGAUAAAGCCAGAGAAGCCAGACCUCAGUGUCACCUUAAAAGGCCUGGAUUACAUUGACGUGCUGUCUGGCUCCAAGAAAGACUACAAACUGAACUUCUAUUCCUAUAAGGAGGGAUUGUACACAGCAAAGGUGAUCUUCCGCAAUGAAGUGACCAAUGAGUUCUUAUUCUACACAGUGAGUUUCAAGGUCAUUCCUUCAGGCAUCAUCAAGACCAUCCAGAUGGUAAGCCCUGUCCGGCAGAGCACAACAACCUCUAUCAAGUUGGAGAACCCCCUGCCCUACUCGGUGACCUUCUCCAUGGAAUGCAGGGUACCCGACAUCAGCCUGCCCUCCCAGUUUGCCAUCCCUGCCAACUCUGAGGGCACAUUCUCAUUUGAGUUCCAGCCCCUGAAAGCUGGAGAAACCUUUGGGAGACUAACACUACACAACAAUGACUUGGGUUUCUACCAGUACGAGCUCGUCUUGAAGGCCAUGCCAGCACUGCCUGAAAAGCCCGUCUACUUCCAGGCUGUUCUUGGCAGCAGCCAGAGCAUCUUUGCCAAGUUCAUCAAUUUCACUCGGCAGAAAACAGAAUACUACUGUAGGACCGACUGCCCAGACUUCCACACAGAAAAGGUUAUCAGUGCAGCCCCUGGGACGCAGGGAGGCACAGAAGUCAGUGUGGAAGUUAUUUUUGAGCCCAGCCGCCUAGGUGAGACCAAGGGCAUCCUAAGCCUGUCUUCAAUUUUGGGCGGAGAGUAUCUCAUCCCCCUCUUUGGAAUGGCCCUGCCGCCCAAGCCCCAAGGUCCCUUCCUGAUCCGAGCUGGGUACAACAUAAUCAUUCCCUUCAAGAAUGUCUUCUAUCACCCGGUCAACUUCUCCAUGACGGUGGAGAACCCAGCCUUCACUGUUCGUGCCACUGAAUCUGUGCGGCCCAAGAAGAUCAACAACAUCUCAGUCUCCUUUGAGGGAAACCCAUCAGGCAGCAAAAUACCCAUUACCACCAAGCUUAUUGUGGCUUGCCCUCCUGGAGAAUGCAGUGACAUGGGAAUUCAGUGGGUCUACUAUCUGAAGGGGAUAACUCCUUAGCAGUAUUUAGGGUUAGGUGCAUCAAUAAAUUGUCAUCUCCUCA